UAUUGCUUAUGUGUUCUCGCUUUGAUCAGCUGUUUGUGAUUUUAGAUGCUUUCUGAUCGUGUGUAAAUCGCUUAAGAAUAAUUCUUGUGCAUUUAAAGUAGUUUGCACUCAUCUAGACGGUUAUUGCAUUAAUAAUAAUUUAUGCUAUAAUGUACGUGUUCAUAAAUGACUUGGUGUAUGAUGUUAAUAACGGCUGUGCUGCAGAUGCUUGCACGCGUCAGCCCCGCGGAGCUGCAGCAGGCGCUCGGGUCGCUUCACGCGCUGAGUGAGUCGCAGUGGAGCAUCGCGAAGAAAUCGAAGGACGUGACCGUCUGGAGGAGAGCUUCGCAGGAGUUCAGCGGCUUCCUAUAUAAAGCUGAAGGAAGCGUAGCAGAGACUCCGCAGCGGGUCAUGGACCACAUCCGGCCCGGGGCCCGCAGACUGCACUGGGACCGCAUGCUCACCUCUCUGGAGAUCCUGCAGACGCUGGACCAGGGCUGUUGUGUUGUGAGGUACACCACCGCAGGGCAGCUGUGGAACAUCAUCUCUCCGAGAGAGUUUGUGGAUUUCUCCUGCACCAGCGAGUAUCAGCGUGGCCUGCUGUCCUGCGGUGUGAGCGUGGAGCAUGACGAGCAGAGAGCAGGCCUGGUUCGAGGAUUCAAUCAUCCGUGUGGCUGGUUCUGUGUGCCGGCGCAGGACUCGGACCUCAGCGUGCUGACCGGAUACAUCCAGACGGAGCUGAGGGGCAUGCUGCCGCAGCCGGCGGUGGACACAGCUAUGGCCAGCGGUCUGCUCCACUUCUACAGCGACCUGAGACGAGCGCUGAACACUUAGUGUUUCAUCAUCACCACGGCACAUUCAGUUAUUAUUGCACGGUUUUUUGUUUGUUUUUGGUUUAAUGUGAUUCACCAGUGUAAUUGUUUUUCAUAAAAUGAUGUCAAAUUGUAAACAUUGAUAUAGUAAUUUUUUUUUUUUUAAUCUUAUAAAUUUAUCUUAUUCUUUAUCAUUAUUACUCUGUCUUUGUAACUGUUGGACAGAUUCAUCUGUGUGUUUAUUGUCCUCAUAUGCAUGAAAUAUAUAAGUUACAGCAUAAAGUAGGUGGGUUUUAUUCUUAUUAAAUUAAGACACAGUA